AGAAUACAACAUGAAGAGCACUUCUCUUGUUCUUAUUCAUCUUCUCUUCCUAUCCUUACUUCCUUUCAGAAUCACAUCGUCGCCGAGAGCACAAGCAGAAGCUCUUGUCAAAUGGAAAAACAGCUUAUCUUCUUCUACUUCUCUCAAUUCAUCAUGGUCCCUCGCCAACCUUGGGAACCUCUGUAACUGGACAGGCAUUGUUUGCGAUGUUGCCGGAAGCAUAUCUGAGAUAAACCUCUCAGAUGCAAAACUUCGAGGAACAAUUGUGGAGUUCAAUUGCAGUUCAUUUCCUAAUCUUACCAGCCUCAACCUCAACACCAACAGACUCAAGGGAUCGAUACCAACUGCUGUUGCCAACCUCUCCAAGCUCACUUUCUUGGACAUGGGCAGCAACCUUUUCAGUGGCCGCAUCACUUCGGAGAUUGGCCAGUUGACAGAGCUUCGAUAUCUUAGCCUCCAUGACAACUAUCUCAUUGGUGACAUCCCCUAUCAAAUUACCAAUCUUCAAAAGGUAUGGUACUUAGACCUUGGUUCAAACUACUUAGUAUCGCCAGACUGGUCUAGGUUUUUGGGCAUGCCUUUGUUGACACACCUGAGCUUUAAUUUCAAUGACCUUAUACUGGAAUUCCCCGAGUUCAUAACUGAUUGUCGGAACCUGACAUACCUCGACUUGUCACAGAAUUAUUUUACUGGCCCAAUACCAGAGUGGGUAUUUAGCAAUCUGGUAAAGCUUGAAUUCCUAUAUCUCUUUGAAAAUUCAUUUCAAGGGCUGUUGUCCCCAAACAUAUCCAGGCUUUCCAACCUCCAAAAUCUUCGCCUUGGCAGGAACCAAUUUAGUGGUCCAAUUCCAGAAGAUAUUGGUAUGAUCUCUGAUCUUCAGAACAUAGAAAUGUAUGACAAUUGGUUUGAAGGGAAGAUUCCUUCUUCUAUAGGUCAGCUCAGGAAGCUUCAGGGCCUUGAUCUUCACAUGAAUGGCUUGAAUUCUACAAUUCCUACCGAGCUUGGUCUUUGUACCAGUCUCACCUUUUUGAAUCUAGCUAUGAACUCACUCACUGGGGUCCUUCCUUUGUCCUUGACCAAUCUGAGCAUGAUAUCAGAGUUGGGUUUGGCCGACAAUUUUUUGUCUGGUGUGAUAUCGUCUUAUUUAAUCACCAAUUGGACGGAAUUGAUAUCUUUACAACUACAGAACAAUCUCUUCAGUGGAAAAAUUCCAUUGGAAAUCGGCCUUUUAACAAAGCUGAAUUACCUUUUUCUGUACAAUAACACGCUCUAUGGCUCAAUCCCCUCAGAGAUUGGGAACUUGAAGGAUUUGUUUGAAUUAGACCUUUCAGAAAACCAUCUUUCAGGUCCAAUUCCUCUAGCGGUGGGAAAUCUCACAAAACUUACCCGCUUAGAGCUUUUCUCCAACAAUCUCAGUGGGAAAAUUCCUAUGGAGAUUGGUAAUCUGAAAUCAUUGAAGGUUCUUGAUCUCAACACUAACAAAUUGCAUGGAGAGCUGCCAGAGACAUUGUCACUCCUCAAUAAUCUAGAGAGACUCUCCAUGUUCACCAACAAUUUCUCAGGCACCAUUCCGACUGAACUUGGGAAGAACAGCCUCAAGUUGAUGUAUGUCAGUUUUACCAACAACAGCUUCUCAGGAGAAUUGCCUCCUGGAUUAUGUAAUGGCUUUGCUCUUCAAUAUUUAACGGUAAAUGGAGGCAACAACUUCACAGGACCAUUGCCAGAUUGCUUGAGGAACUGCACGGGGCUAACUCAAGUCCGUCUUGAAGGGAACCAAUUCACUGGAAAUAUUUCAGAAGUAUUUGGAGUUCAUCGAAGUCUUAAGUUUAUUUCUCUUAGUGGCAAUCGAUUUUCUGGUGUGCUCUCACCUAAGUGGGGAGAAUGUCAAAAUCUCACAAUACUACAGAUGGAUGGAAAUCAAAUUUCCGGCAAAAUCCCAGUCGAGUUUGUGAACUGUGUGCUUUUGUUGAUCUUGAAGCUAAGAAACAAUGAUUUGUCAGGUGAGAUACCGCCAGAGCUUGGAAACUUGUCCACGUUGAAUGUUUUGGAUCUCAGCAGCAAUUCACUCUCAGGAGCAAUCCCUUCAAACUUAGGGAAGCUUGUAGCAUUACAGAUCCUCAAUCUUUCACAUAAUAAUCUCACUGGGAAAAUCCCGCCAUCAUUGUCAGACAUGAUGAAUCUGAGUUCAAUCGAUUUCUCAUACAAUACAUUGACAGGUCCAAUUCCAACUGGCGAUGUUUUCAAGCAGGCAGAUUAUACUGGAAACUCAGGUUUGUGUGGAAAUGCAGAGAGAGUGGUUCCCUGUUAUUCCAAUUCCACCGGUGGCAAGUCUACAAAAAUUCUCAUUGGCAUUACUGUCCCUAUCUGCAGCCUCUUAGUUCUUGCAACUAUUAUUGCUGUUAUUCUAAUAUCUUCCCGACGAAACAAACACCCAGAUGAAAAGGCUGAAAGUACAGAAAAAUAUGAGAAUCCCAUGUUGCUAAUUUGGGAAAAACAAGGAAAAUUCACAUUUGGGGAUAUUGUAAAAGCCACUGCUGACCUAAGUGAUGAGUAUUGCAUUGGAAAAGGAGGGUCUGGGAGUGUUUACAAGGUGGUCUUGCCACAGGGUCAGACACUUGCAGUCAAAAGACUCGAUAUAUCAGAUACCAGCGAUACUUCAUGUUGA